AUUGAAUUGGGUUUCCUUCAACAUUAUCUCGCUAUAUUAUAGCGAACUUUUAGGUCUGUCACCACUUCAACAUCAAUGUUCAACAAGCAAAUUAUUUUCAUCUCGGUAUGGUGAAAUUCUAGAUCAAAACGUUGCCAGUGAAUACCCAUCAUAGGAAUUUAAGAUAUUUGCUAAUAUACUCAACCUGUCUGCUAUUCAAGACAAUUGUUUUCUCACUAAAAAAAAUAUCGGCCAAAAUCGUCCAUUUCAAAAAGUGCAUCUUGAUUAAAAUAAAUUUACUAGACUAGAAAAUGGUUAUAGCCAUUAUUCCCGUUUUCGGGAAUUUUUUCUUUAUAUUAUUCAAGAUAAGGCGCCGGACAAGCAGAAUAAUCAUGAAUAUAACUUAGCUCAUAACCGUUAUUUACGUUUGAGGAGUUUUCAUUCUUUUACUGAGAACAAGGCUCUGGACAAACCCAAGGAUUUUGAUAAAAUUUGGGUUAUAACCGUUAAAAUUUAUAUAGAAGGAAUUUAACGUUUUUAUACAUUCACUCAGAACAAGUCUCGGGAGAAGUAAAGCCAGGCCAGGAGCAGUUUUUAACAAGUUGUUUGGAAAUAGUACACAGUAUUGGUUGGUAAUUAUGCGCCUAAUUCGUUGCCAACUAGGCGGUAGACAAGCUCACAUAACAUAUAAUUUGGUUUCAUUGAGCCUUCGGUCAAAUAUAGUCAAAGGCGCCUGCACUGCGAAUGAAGUGCGUUUACUAAUUUAUUCGACGAUAAACCAACAUAGCGAGUAUUAUACAACGUUUGGACUAUUUAUUAUCGCAUAAAUUAAUUGCAUAUUCUUACAUAAUCACUCUAUUUAACUUAUCAUUUCAUGUGAGAGGUACAUGAUUUAUUUUUAUUUACCGCUUGUGAAAAAUCGCUAAAUUCCGCCAUAAUUUCGAUUGUGGCCUACCUGUUUUUUCAGUUAUUUUAUGAAAUUAUUACAUCGAUCGUUCUAACCACUUUUGGGGGAGUUUUCACAGUAGUACGCUAGGAAUAUACUUGGCGUCAAAUUUACUUUAAUUAACGCCGAGACCGUCGAGAUUGUCAGGUUAUUGAGUAACAAACCAAGUGGUUCUAUCUUAAGAUAAGCGACAGUGCAAACAAGCUUUUAUUUGUGAUCUGCCAAUAAAUAUAUACCUGCAUAUAAAACAUUAUAUGUAUAUAUGACGGACGGGUGCCCGAUACUUGUCAGUCUGUUAUUCUUUUAAAAUACUUAAUCAAUUCGGCUGUCUUGGAUAGUGGAUCAGUAUAAAAGUUAUUGUUUUCUGAUUAUUUUAUUUUUAAACGCAAGGUAGAUAACAAAAUCGUUUAUAUAUAUGUUUGAUACCAUGCAGUAGGUAGCUGUAAUUUAUUUUACAAUGUGUGAUUUAUGAGUUUUACUGCCAGCAUUGUAAAAUUUGGGAAAGAAUAGGCAAAGGCCAUGUCGAAAGAAGAAUCGCUUGUUCGGUGGUUAAAAUUGAUUCUCUGUUUUUUGGUUAUUACGUUAUGGAUAUCGUGCUUGGGGCUUCUAUGUGUGUCGUGUUGGAUUCGAGAUAACUUAAGCAAAAUCACAUUAGUAACAGAAGGAACAUCGGCCGGGAAUUUCUAUCUCGUUGGAUUCUUUCCAGUCGUUUUUCCUGUUUUAAUAUCCGUUUCUUGUCUCCUGCUUGUCAUCGGAUGUUUAGGAUGCUGUGGAGCAUUCACUGAAAACAAAGUUAUUCUAGCAUGGUUCUUUUUCUCCGUCUUGGCAAGCAUCUGUGUCGAAAUAAGUGCUGGGGUAUGGGGGAUGCUUGACUGGAAGAUAACAUCAAAUGAAAAAGAUCUGUCUAUACUUCUCGAAAAUGCAAAGAAGUAUGGGAAUAAAGAACACGCUUGGUUCAUCAAAGCUUGGGAGGAAAUUCAUGAAAAGUUCCAAUGCUGUGGAAUAAGGUCUUAUCGAGAUUGGGAAAUUGAUCAUGAGAUGCUGAAAACGUGCUGUGAAGGAUCCGAAAAUUGUAUUUAUCAUUCAUCCAGAUACGCGGUUUGCGGGAAUAUGUUGUUGGAUUAUGUGAGAUCUCCAAAGCCAGUCCAUUCAAUGGCUUACCUUGCGACCCUCAUUGGAAUUAUUCAAAUUAUAUGUCUCGUUAUCACUGCCAAACUGUGGAUGGUACUAUGCUUUCUUGGUAAAUCAAAGUCUCUAGAUAAUGAACAACUUAGCAAAGUUAAGAUUCACGAUAAAAAUCUGAAUAGUAACGCCAAAAUGAUGGGAAACAGAAGCGUUUACCAACCGAAAUAUUCUACAGCGGAGAAUAUCACCAACGAAAAUCAGUACGUCCCUAUGAGAGCAAUGACGAAACCGACUCACCAGACACAGGACAAACAAUACUGCCAACAAUGUGCGUUUCUGGCUUUCGAACAUUUGCGACAGACGUCAAUGUCGGCGUUGGAAGCUCAGUAUUUGGAGGAAAACACGCGCCCACACAGGUCAACGAGUCGGCGGGCUUUAAAUCAUUCAGGCCAAGAAUUUUUUCAUCGUUCAACAACAUCUGAUAGAUGUCUAGGUAUUCAGCAAAAUCUGAUACCUACCAGUCAUGCCGGUAUCCGAAAAAGUGCCAGUUCGCACACGCCGAUUUCUUGGCGAUCCCCGAGUUGGCAAGUGAUGCAUCCUACCCAAAGAGAAUGCCGUAGUACAGGGUUGCCACGAAGAAAAAUGUCACCCAACUCGUCGUGGAGGCUUAGGCCACCUAGAAAUUACACUCAGCGUCUGUCUACAAUAAGAGCAUCUGGAGUUGCCGCGGAGAGUGACCACCUCACAAAUACAAGUUCGGAUCACGAAGUAGGCGGGAGUCGUUGCUAUAAUACAGAAGUUGGUUCGUCAGCUUCAGACUCAGAAAAUACUAGAACUCGCAAAACAUCCAAACCUUACAGUAGCAGUUACACUUACGAUCUAGAAAGUGAAACGGCCAAUUGCGAACCAGGUAGUACACGAAAAUCCCCACAGAAUUACAAACAAACAAAUUUUCAAAUUGCCUCGUCGACUGAUACUCGUAAGGCUUACUAUCUGACUUUGUAGCGGUAUAGUUAAUACCAAAUCGGCGAGAAAUAAACCCACUGAAGUAUGAUGGGGGGAUUCGAAAUUUCUUCUGAGCGAAAUUGAUCCCACAAAACCCUUCUUGGAUUAUCAUGAUAAUCACCAAAACCGUUUCUGUUGUAGACGUUGGACGAUCGCAGCAAUCGGGUAACAAGAGCAGAAGCCGGCGACGAGCGUUAUAUUUGGCACUUUGAAAGAUAUGUAUUAGA